AUGGCAACAUUACCUCAGUUAGGGACAAAUUUCGAUAUUAGCCUUCUUGAUAAAAUUGUAGAUAUAUUCUACAAUGGAACAGGUGAAGCACAACAAAAAGCACAGAGAGAGUUAACAAGUUUUCAAGAUGAUCCUAACUCAUGGACAAAAGCGGAUCAAAUCUUACAAUUUUCGAAGAAUAAUAAUACAAGAUUUAUCGCACUGUCAGUACUAGACAAAUUAAUCAGGACAAGAUGGAAAUCAUUACCACAAGAACAGAGGGUUGGUAUAAGAAAUUUUGUAGUUGGAAUGAUCAUAUCUCUUGUAAAGGACGAAACAAAGAGAGGGACUCUAAAAGAAAAUCAAUUAAUUCAUAAAUGUGAUUUAACUUUGGUUGAAAUUUUAAAACAAGAAUGGCCAGAAGGAUGGCCUGAUUUUAUCCCUGAGUUGAUUAAAAGUUCAACAAUGGAUAUAAAUAUCUGUGAAAAUAAUCUUGUAAUACUAAAAUUAUUGUAUGAAGAAAUAUUUGACUACUCUUCAGGUCAAAUGACUCAAGCCAAGACUACUAAAAUGAAAAAGUCGAUGUCUGAAGUUUGCCUCCAGAUAUACAUACAUAUUAUAGAUAUAUUAAAGUUAGAAAAGUAUUCUGCCACCUUAGAACUGUCUGCAUUGGAAUGCUUACUUAAUUAUUUGGAAUGGGUAUCCCCUGAAUAUAUAUUUCAAAGUGAUGUUUUACAACUUUUAAGUUCGAAUUACAUUAAGAGAUCAGAAACGAGAAAUCUAACAAUAAAAUGCCUAACUACAAUAACAUCUGUUGCAGUUCCGAAAUUUCCCCAAAAUAUUACCCAAAUGGUCGAAUCGUUCGUUUAUGUGUUAAAAAAUUUAACUACUGAUUUCCCUUCUGCAAGUUCAGGCCUUAAACUCACAUAUGCAUCCUCAAAUUUUACAAGACAACAGUUCUUUCAAGAUCUCACAACAUAUUUGACAAAAUUCCUAAAAGUUUAUAGAGAAAAGUUAGAGGUUGAUAACGCUGAAUUAAGAACUGUACUUUUAACUGCACAUGGGUAUCUAGUUCAAUUAACAAGGAUUGAUGACACAGAAAUUUUCAAGACGUGUUUGGAUUAUUGGCAUGAAUUAACAUCGGCAUUAUUUGUAGAGAUACAGCAAUACCCGAUAGCAGAUCUUCUCCCUUCACUGGAACUAUCGUUUGAAAUGAAACAAUCCGGUGCAAUGAGCCCUCAGAUUUUAAAACAAGUACCAUUAAAGAAACACAUAUAUGAACAGAUAUGUUCACAAUUAAGAAAAAUAAUAAUCACAGAAAAGAUGGUACGACCAGAAGAAAUAAUAGUGGUAAAAGAUAUCGAUACCGGUGAGGUGGUCAGAGAAGUUGUACAUGAUAGUGAGAUGUUGGAUUUAUAUUAUUCUGAAAAGGAAACUUUAGUAUAUUUGACUUAUUUAGAUUUUGAUGAUACAGAACGAAUCAUUAUGGAAGAAUUAGAAAGACAAUUAAACAUGUUAAUACUAUAUACUAAUGGCGAAGAAGAAAACCAAAAUGGUUGGUCAUGGGAUAAUCUAAAUUGCCUAUGUUGGUCAAUUGGAUCCAUCCCAUCUACAAUUAGUGAAGAAAGCGAAAAUAACUUUAUUAAAAGUAUUUUAGAUAAAUUAACAAUGAUCAAAGAUGAUCAUAUAACUAAUUCCAACGAUAGAGCUCUCUUUGAUUCCAAUGUAAUGUAUAUUGUAGGGCAAUAUCCUAGAUUUAUGAAAAACCAUUGGCAAUUUUUACUUCAAAUAAUUAACAAAUUAUUCCAAUGUAUGCAUGAUAUAAAUGAGGGUAUUCGGGACAUGGCUUGUGAUACCUUUGCAAAAAUUGUUAGUAGAUGUAAAUAUCAAUUUGUUAUCAAUAAACCAGAAGACAAUACAUCCAGUGUACCGUUGAUCAAAAAUAUUAUUGAUAAUAUAAAGAAUAUCACGAGUGAUUUGACUCAGCCCCAACUCUCCUCUUUUUAUAGAUCAUGUGCAGCAGUUGUCAGAGAAGAACGAAACUAUACGUUAAGAUAUCAACUACUUUCAGAUUUAAUGAAUUUUCCAAAUGGUGGUUGGAAAUCGAUAUUGAGUUUACAAUUAGAAGUAGACACAGACGAUAAAUUCAAAGGGCUUAUUAAAAUAUUAGACGUUAAUAUAGCCGUAUGUGAAUCUAUUGGUCGUCAUUAUGCACCCCAAUUAGAACAAAUUAAUAUUGAUUUGAUUGGGCUGUAUGGUGUAGCGUCAGAAUGUAUUCAAAACGAAAUAAAAAAUGUGCAAGUUAACGAUACUUCAAAAAUCAGGAUAUGCCGUUCCAUUAAGAGAAAAAUAUUACUCCUAUAUAAGCUUUUCAUUUCUGAUUUAAACGGUGUAGAAUUUGAUAAAUACCUCUCACCUUUAUUGAAGUUAUUCUUAGAGGUGAGUAUGAAGGAUUAUAGAUUUGGACCUACGAAUUUUAAAGAACCUGAAGCGUUAUUAUACGCCAAUAACGUAGUCUUAAAUUGUGGCCAAAGGUAUCCAGAUAUUGUUAUUAUUAUCCUCGAAAAUACCUUUUUAUCCAGCUUAGAGAUGAUAAAGAAUGACACAGACAAUUUUCCUGAGCAUAGACUUUAUUUUUAUCAAUUGUUAAGAACGAUCACCUAUAAAAGUUUCUCUGUCUUAAUAGAGUUUCCUAUCAAUGAUUUCUUCAAGAUAUUUUUUGAUACUAUUUGUUGGUCGUUUAAACAUCAUAAUAGAGAAAUAGAAGAAACAGGGUUACAAAUUGCCAUUGAUAUGCUAAAUAAUGUUGAUCGACUAAAUGACAAUACGGAAUUCCAAACUAAAUUCUAUCAAAAGUAUUAUUUGAAUCUAGUGAAUGAAACUUUAUAUGCAUUGACUGAUUCUGACCAUCAGCCAGCAUUUGCUAAGCAGGCCUUAUUAUUUAGAAAUUUAUUAAUGCUGACGUAUGAUGAUCGAAUCCCAAUACCAUUAACCAAUACUGGGGACAUUACAGGAAAUUACUCUAACACAAUAUACUUAAAUGAAUAUAUUACAAAACUUUUAACCAGCGCAUUUCUUAAUUUGACAGUGACACAAAUAGAAAACUUUCUCAAUGCAUUGAUGAAGAAUUACAAUAAUGUGGCACUAUUUACAAAUACUGUAAGCGAUUUUUUAAUCCAGUCCAAAGAGAUCGGUGCAGAUCCAACAGAUUAUUUUUACGAUGAAGAGACACGCUAA